AGCGGUCAAAGCAAAUAGAGAUAUUAAUCAAGUAAAAAAAGAAAAUGGGUAGGUCUCCUUCUUCUGAUGAAAAUGGUGUGAAGAAAGGUCCCUGGACUCCUGAAGAGGAUCAAAAGCUUGUCCAACACAUCCAAAAACAUGGCCAUGGAAGUUGGAGAGCUCUCCCUAAGCUUGCAGGUCUGAAUAGAUGUGGAAAAAGCUGUAGAUUAAGAUGGACAAAUUACUUGAGGCCUGAUAUAAAGAGAGGCAAAUUUUCUCAAGAUGAAGAGCAAACAAUUCUUCGUCUCCAUUCCAUCCUCGGAAACAAAUGGUCAGCAAUCGCUACACAUCUACCUGGCCGAACGGACAAUGAAAUCAAGAAUUUCUGGAACACCCACAUGAAGAAGAAGCUAAUUCAGAUGGGUUUUGACCCAAUGACCCAUCAACCAAGAACGGACCUGUUUUCAAACCUGCCUCAGCUUCUGAUCUUAGCCAACCUCAAGAACAUACUUGAGAAACAUUCAUUGGAUGAACAUGCUCUAAGAUUACAGGCCGAGGCUUCUCAGUUGGCCAAACAUCAAUUCCUUCACCAUCUCCUCCAAUCUCCAACUCAAAGUCAAAACCAUACCCACCACAAUAACAAUCCAAAUGCAGCAGAUUUGGAGGCUUUCAAUAAUUUGCUUAUGAUCAAUUCGGUUCCUGAUCUUCUUCCAAAUUAUAAUGUCUUAGAAAACCACCCAAAUAUAAAAUUGUCCCAGCAGGUGGUGGAGGAUAAUAAUUCUCAACCGCUCCACCAUGAUACGACCUUAUUAUCUAAUAUUGUAGACCCACCACAACAAGAAGUCCUUUUCAGUUCUCAACCAUCUUUGAAUAAUAGUGGAAUUGUAUUAAGCGAAUUAGACGACGCUUCAUGGUUUCUGUCCUCAUUAUCUUCUUCUUCUAAUAUUCCAGUUCCAAAUUUGACGGACCACGAGACGGCGUCCGUUAAUGGAGAUGCAAGUAGCUGCACUACUUCCAGCCAGGGAAAUGGAACUGCAGCUUCUUCAUAUUGGCCUUCUCAUGAUCUUUUUCUUAAUGGCGACUCUUUCCUGCAUGAGAUUUCAUAGUUCGUUAAUGGUGGUGGUUUUAGAUAGUUGCAUUGCAUUGUGUACCCUUGCGUUUGGUUGGUUGGUUAAUUUCUUCCUAACACUGUGUAUACAUCUAAAAUAAACUAUAUAUAUAUAUAUAUAUAUAUAUUGUUGUUACAUAUUUUCCCAUAUAUGUAUACGAGUAUGUGGACAGUACCCAUGUAUACAGCAUGUUGUAUAUAUACAUUGAGCAUGUAUUUGUUUUUUUUUAAUUAUAUAUGGAAAUUAUCAAUAAAUUUUUUAGACUUAA